AUACCAAAUUUUAAUGUUGUAUUGCAAGUUACAUUCUAUUUCAAGGAGUGUUUGUUGUUAUAAAUAACAAAAACGUCAUAAUUUUGAUUUAAUACUAUAUGAUAAAGUCAUAUUUGUUGUUACUUUUUAAUUAAUUGCGUCAGAUCCACCAAGAACGCUCCGUUGUGAGAGUUCCUUCCUCUUUCUUUGGAUUGUCCUACGUGAUGGGACUCAUUCGAACCUCAAAACAUAGCACCAAAUCCUCUCUUCUUCCAUCCAAAUCCAAAUCAUCAUUUUCAACUCCCACUCAUUCUUCUUCUCAAACCAUGAAAACAACAAUUAAGAUUUAUGGCAUAUCUCUUUCGCUCAUUCUCAUCAACCUAGCUGCUAUUAUGGAGCGCGCCGACGAGAAUCUUCUUCCGUCUGUCUACAAAGAAGUUAGUGAAGCAUUCAAUGCGGGACCGUCUGAUUUAGGUUACCUCACAUUCAUUCGGAACUUUGUUCAAGGACUGUCAUCGCCUCUAGCUGGUAUACUUGUUAUUAACUAUGAUAGACCAACAAUUCUUGCUAUGGGAACUUUCUGUUGGGCUUUAUCAACUGCUGCUGUGAGUGCUUGUCACGAUUUUAUGCAGGUUGCGUUUUGGAGAGCGAUAAACGGAUUUGGUUUGGCAAUUGUGAUUCCUGCAUUGCAGUCUUUCAUUGCGGAUAGCUAUAGGGAAGGAGUGAGAGGAGCUGGAUUUGGAUUGCUAAGCCUUAUUGGUAAUGUAGGGGGAAUUGGAGGUGGUGUUAUGGCUACUGUCAUGGCUGGUCAAACGUUUUGGGGGAUACAAGGAUGGAGAUGUGCCUUUGUUUUGAUGGCGAGUUUGAGCGCAUUGAUUGGAAUCCUUGUUUUACUAUAUGUGGAUGAUCCAAAAAAAAGAGUUUCCAUCAUUCAAGAUGCUAGUGAUAGUUCAGAAAGCAGGGGUGAUUCUAUCUAUAAUGGCAAUGCUAGUGUGACUUCAGUUUGGAGACACUCUUGGGCAGCCACUAAAUCUGUGAUCAAAGUUCAAACAUUUCAAAUAAUAGUCUUACAAGGCAUUAUUGGGUCACUACCAUGGACUGCCAUGGUGUUCUUCACAAUGUGGUUUGAACUAAUUGGUUUUGAUAAUAACACUUCAGCAACCCUCCUCAGUCUUUUUGCUAUUGGAUGUGCACUAGGGUCCUUCAUAGGAGGAUCAAUAGCUGAUCGAUUGACACAGAUCUAUCCAUAUUCAGGUCGAAUCAUGUGUGCGCAAUUCAGCGCCUUUAUGGGCAUUCCAUUCUCAUGGUUUCUUCUUAGGGUGAUACCGCAAUCAGUAACUAGUUUUCUUACAUUUUCAAUCACUCUCUUUUUUAUGGGACUAACUAUAAGCUGGAAUGGUACGGCUGCAAACGCACCUAUGUUUGCCGAGGUUGUUCCGGUCAAACACAGGACAAUGAUUUAUGCAUUUGAUAGAGCUUUUGAAGGCUCAUUCUCUUCUGUUGCAGCUCCUUUGGUUGGCAUUCUUGCAGAGAAAAUGUUUGGCUACGAUUCGAAAUCUGUUGAUCCCAUCAAAGGAUCUUCACCUGAGGCUCUUGCCUUGUCAAAGGGACUUCUUUCAAUGAUGGCAGCUCCUUUUGGAUUGUGUUGCCUGUGCUACACGCCGUUGUAUUUUAUAUUUAAGAAGGACCGCGAAAAUGCUAGAAUGCAAGCCGUCAAAGAAGAGGAGAUGAUGUGAGACGCUAACUAGGAAUGGUAGUUCGCGUGAAUGGAACUCUUAACUCAGUCUGCUAGUGACUUGGCUGGCACUCAUAUAGAGUUCACUUCUUCGGCGGUAAACAUGAAACUUGUGCAACAAUUCUUCAAAAUGGCCUCAUUUCUUUUAUUUGAAGAGUCUAUGGUUUCCAUCAUGAGAUGAGGCUGAUAAAUGAACUUGUUCUGAGCAACUAUUUCACGGGAAAAUUACACUCACCUCCCACGUUUUAUAUCGACAUUUGACACUGACUUUAUUUUUGCAUUUGAGUGACACUCUUCCCUUGUACAUGCUUACUCUCGCGUUAUGCUCAGCUUAACUAUUUUUAUGGCAUUAGUUGCUUUGCUGAAUUGAGUUGUAUCAAGAUAAGAUUACCAAAAUUUGACAUGUUGAAUGUUGCCUUUUAUUUGGCUUCUAAUGAUGAUGUACAUAUCACUUGAAUUAA